AUGUUGUCCAGAGUCAGCAGAGCCAGAGCGGCGGUGCCCCGGGUGAUGGCGGCGAGACGCUUCACGUUGAACACCACCACCACCUCGUACCCCACCGACCACAUCAAGGAAGGCACCGAGCCCUACAUCACGCCGCUGUUCCAGGACGGCAAGUUCUUCCAGCUGGCGGCGGACAAGUGGAUCGACAUCCACGACCCCGCCACCAACGUCGUCGUCUCCCGCGUGCCCCAGCUGACCCACGCCGAGAUCGACGCCGCCAUCGAGCUGGCCCAGAACGCGUUUGAGGGGUGGAAAAACACUUCGAUCAUCAGACGCCAGCAGGUGGCGUUUAAGUUUGUCCAAUUGCUUCGGGAAAACUUCGACCGGUUGGCGGCCAUUAUGGUCACUGAAAACGGUAAGACGUGGGACGAUGCCCUCGGCGACGCCCUUAGAGGUAUCCAGUGUGCCGAACAGGCGGUCAACAUCGUCAACGACUUGAAGGCGGAACUGCUUGAAGUCGCCACCGAUAUGGAGACGAAGAUGGUGCGGGAACCUUUGGGGGUGGUGGCGCUGAUUGCCCCGUUCAACUUCCCCGCGAUGGUGCCGUUGUGGACGCUUCCCUUCGUGUUUGCUACCGGUAACACCUGUGUGCUUAAACCUUCGGAACGGGUUCCGGGGGCGGCGAUGAUCAUCUCCGAGCUCGCCACCAAAGCCGGGGUGCCUCCCGGGGUAUUGAACGUGAUCCACGGCCAACACGACACCGUCAACCAGAUCCUCGACGACCCCAGAAUCAAAGCCGUCACUUUUGUUGGGGGGGACAAGGCCGCUAAGUACAUCUACGAACGCUCGGCGCAAACCGGUAAGCGCUGCCAGGCUAACGGGGCUGCCAAGAACCACAUGGUGAUCUUGCCCGACGCCAACAAGGCCCAGGCGGUCAACGCCGUCAUCGGCGCCGCCAUGGGCGCCUGCGGCCAGCGGUGCAUGGCCAUUUCCGUCUUGGUCACCGUGGGCAAGACUAAGGAAUGGGUCUCCGACAUCAUCGCCGAGGCGCAAAAGCUUGUCGUCGGCUCCGGUUUCGACAAGAAGUCCCACUUUGGCCCCCUCAUCAACCCGCUGUCGUUGACGAGAGCCGAACAAAUCAUCGACGACUCGGUGAAGGCCGGCGCCAAGUUGCUUUUGGACGGCCGCGGCUACAAGCCCGCCGACCCCCGGUUGGCUAAAGGUAACUUCCUCGGGCCCACCAUCUUGGGCGAAGUCAAGCCCGGGAUGAGAUGCUACGACGAAGAGAUCUUUGCCCCCGUGCUUUCGGUGGUCAACACCGAGACUUUGGAAGAAGCCGUCAACUUUGUCAACAAGAACCCGUUCGGGAACGGGGUGUCGGUAUUCACUGCUUCGGGUGCUUCCGCGCAAUACUUCACUAAGAGAAUCGAGUGUGGCCAGGUCGGGGUCAACGUCCCCAUCCCCGUGCCCUUGCCCAUGUUCUCGUUCACCGGGUCCAAGCAGUCGUUCUUGGGUGACUUGAACUUCUACGGUAAGGCCGGCGUCACCUUCUUGACCAAGCCCAAGACCAUCACCUCGCUGUGGAAGCAAGACUUGAUCGACGGCGAAAUCUUGUCGCCCCUGACCUCGAUGCCCGUGCAAAAGUAA